ACUACAAACCUGUUAACCAUUUAUAGAUCACAUUUGGUUAUCUUAUUAAUCCAAAAAUGUUUGGCAAUCACCUGAUAAAUAUUAAAGCACAACAAAAUUAUAAAAAAACCUUCCAUUUUUGAUAAAAUUCGGAUGUCGUAAAAAAACAAUUUUAAUUAAUAGAAGAAUACAUCACACAAAAUACAGAAUAUUUCUUCGAAUUGCUUACUCCUCGAAUUUUAUUUGUUAAAAAAAACUUUUAAAAUGCGAAUCACCUGUGCGAUAUGCGAAGAACUAUUUAAUGGCGAAGAUAGGGAAAUUAUAUUUGCAACCAAAUGUGGCCAUAUCUUUCAUCAUCAAUGUUUAACGAAAUGGCUGGAAAGGUCAGAUACGUGUCCCCAAUGUAGACAAAGAGCGUCUAAGAAGAAAAUCUAUCGUAUAUUUUUCAAUAUGUCUGAUGAGAAUGAAUCCAGCGCAGUAGCAUCUCUGAUUGAUGGCUUAGAAAUGGAAUUGCAUGAAAAGACCGAAGAAAUAGAAAAAAUGAACUCUGAAAGACAACAAAACUUCCAUCUAGUUGAAGAAUUAAGACAAAAAGUAGUAGAUGCUUCCAAAGAACUUGAACAGGCAAUCUGCUCAAUGAAGGAAAAAGUGGCAUCACUGGAAAAGAGCUGCAGUGCAUAUGAUCCAUUGUCUCCCAAAAAUGAAGCAUCAGAAAAUAUUAUUGCUUCUUUCAGCGGGGGUAAUGGAGAAGAAGAAACUGAGCAGCCACAAUAUUUGUCAUGUGAAAGUUCCGACGACUCUCUCAUCAUUUUGCCAACUGCUGGUAAGAUUCAUGAAGGCAACCGGAACCCUCUGAAGCGAAUUUUCACAGGCUCCACUGCAUCGGCAAGGGAUGAUGGAAGGAGUUGCUUACGGCAACCAAUAUUGAAAGUCUCAUCCCAAUCUAGAAUAAUAAAAAAAGUGAAGCGGAGGAAUAAUAGAGAGUCUCAUACACACCAUAACACUUCACAUAUUGAACACGUUGGUUGAUCUGAGCAAGUUUAAAAAAAAGACGGUUGACUCCUCAACAACUCUAUAUUUAUAAUUAAAGUGAGUUUUAUCAUCCCCCACACUCCAAGUUGGACUUUUAGCAACAGACUCUGUUCUACUGAAACCUCUGUUGAAAUGUUUUAUUUUUCGUUUUAAUUCUUUUUUAUUUCACACUAUUAUUUCUUAUGUAAAUUUCAUAGGUAUCCAAAAACGAUCAAAUGCAAUUAUGCCAGAAUAUCAGAAAAUAUAUGCCUUUAUAUAGGUGAAGCAGAGGAUGCAGGCGAGUCCAGGUUGAUUUUCUGCCAACAUUUUUCUUCUCAAUUCAGCCUGUUGUUUUUAGUUUGAAGGCUAAAAUUUGAAUUUUUUGUGGUAU